CCAUAACGAAAAAGAUGGCGGAUUUACAUUUAACCAGAAUGCAUUGCGCUGGAAAAUCGUUUAAAAAAGCGAAUUGAUGUCUUUUGAAGAACAUGCAUAAAACCGGAAGUUAUUUUCCUCCUAGUGACAAAUUUCUACGUCAUUAAGUGCUUUCUUACCAUCUUUUUUCUGUCAUUUAUUCUUGCAAUGCAUUUAUGCCUGCAAUGCAUUCUCAAAUAUACAUGCCGCCAUCUUUUUCGCUAUGGACCUAUGGUCAAUUGCAUUUUUAGGAUGAUUUAAUGGAUGUUCCGGCAACCGUAGAUGAAACAUAACAAAUGUUUUAUAUUUUAAAAGGCUACAUCGUUUAUUAUUAGCAUGAUAAAAUUUGUGAUCAACCGAAUGAUGGACCUAUAAUGGGACCGACUUUCGGCCUAUCUUUGUCUGGUCGUCCAGUGGAUAGGCUCAAACCUGAGAUCAGGAAUUUCCCAGUCCGAAAGGAUCCGAGUGUUUACGGCAAUAUCCGAGAACUAAUUGGGGUAAUAAGGUACAUGAUAAACACAAACCAGAUGGAAUGAAAGUUUUUUUCAUGAGAUUCCUUUGACAUUUGAACGUACUUAUACAACUUAUCGAAUCGGAAUAAUGUAUAAUAUAUGGUGACAAAACCUUAGUCAUGUCUUUGUGGAGUUCUAUUUUUGCGUUUCUUGUGUAUGCUCACCUAUGUUACGGGAAUUAUGAUCUGUAUAUCAACUCAACGGAGAGUAAGAAAAUUUUUGGUGAUGAGGCUAAUUUCUACUUUGUGAGAAAUGGUGAGAAGAAAGUGAAUGCAAUUGCAUAUCCUAUAAAUAUUCCAACAUCGGAAAAUUGUAUUCCAUUUACUUGGAAAGCUACAGACAUGAAGAAUAAACUACUCGUCGAUUUUUAUAUUGUGCUAAAUGCUUCAAACAUGGUUGAAAUCAAAGUUCCAAAGCAGCAUAGACAAAUUUCAAAAAAGAAAAGAGAUUUCUGUAUCACAGCACAAUGUACUCACAAGAAGCAAGGCGGUGUAUCUAUAGAUAUUCAUAUCAAUAUAACCGGCUGGCAGCGGGCCAACAUUACAAGCUUAUUGUUUAAAAGGACAAAAUAUUGUGUUAAAUAUACAGAUGUUAGCUAUGAUGAGGUUGAAGAUAAACAAAGCAAAAAGCGUGAACCAGAUUCUGUUUGGAAUGACAAAAAGAUUGUUUAUAUUGGUGUUGCAUUAGCAUGUGGUGUCAUCAUAGCUCUAGCAGGAACUAUUGCUGUACUACACAUGCAGUCCAUACCAAAGUCUAAUAAAAACAAAGAAAGAGAGCCACCAAGACGUCCUUUAAGACCACCACCUCCUAGGCCACCUCCCCCACGUGUAAUGCAAAACGCGAGACCUGUGAAUCUUACUGUUCCAGUUUUACGCCACACGUAUCUACCACCUGAUCGUCUGGGGCCUGUUGGUUGUCCUGCUACAAUUAUUAAUAACGAAGUGAUUGUUCCCAAGCCUGCUGAAACUUCCACGAUUGGCAACCAAAUACCGCAGGAUCCGCUUCAUCCCGAGGAUACCGUUCCACUUCGUGAGAAACGAAACAAAGAAAUUCGUGAUAAACUGCAAGACAUCGUGUUGGACAGAUCGCGUGUUUCUUUGGGUGAGGUGAUUCAAGAGGGAACCUUUGGUAAGAUAUACGAAGCCGUGGUGACAGGUCCUGAAGAUGGCGAGGGCCAGCAUGUUGUUGUCAAAACUGUUUCAGAUAAAGCAUCUGAAGAACAAGCAAGCCUUCUCUUGGCCGAAGGCAGCAUGUUGAAAGGACUGAAUCAUCAAAACAUAUGCUCUAUAGCAUACGUAUGUCUAUCAGAAGAGGAUGUUGAUCGUCCCUUCGUUGUUACACCCACUUUGAACCAGGGAAAUUUGAAAAAUUUCCUCAAGAAAUCGCGAACACCUGAAGGAACAGGCUUGGAAAAGAGUGUGACCACGCGUGAUUUGAUUGACAUGGCCUUGCAGAUUGCUAAUGGAAUGUUGUACUUAGAGAUGCGAAAUUUGGUUCACAAAGAUUUGGCAACACGGAAUUGCUUGAUUGAUGACGAGUUUCACAUAAAGAUAACGGACUGUGCCCUAUCGCGAGAUUUAUUUCCAAUGGACUAUCAUUGUCUGGGUGAUAAUGAAAACAAGCCAGUGAAAUGGAUGGCGGUAGAAAGUCUGGAACAACAUAGGUUUACAACAGCGAGUGAUGUGUGGUCGUUUGGUGUAACUCUCUGGGAACUGAUAACGUUGGGUCAACAACCAUACAACAGUAUUGAUGCCUUUGAAAUGGUAUUUUACCUGAAGAACGGUCAUCGUUUAGGUCAACCCACUGGGUGUCCGGAUGAUUUGUUUACAAUCAUGGGGUAUUGCUGGGCUUUAUCUGGAGAAGAGCGUCCAGGAUUUGCUCAGCUCUUGAUCUUACUCACGAAGUUUUUCAACGCUUUAAUUCAGUUUAUCUGAUGCUUGAGUGGCUUAUUGACGAACUAUAUGUUUCGAUUGCCUUUGCAUUGUGUUUUUCAUAUCCACCUAAACGAACGCGACUUUGAAGUGUGAUCAAAUAUGUGAAUAGCACUGGUAACAAUAUAGUGCAUGGAUAUAGUGCAGACCAAUUCAUGCAGGUAUAAGGCCGUUAUUAGAUGGUUGUCUAAUAGCGCUAAGAAACCCUGAAUGCACGCUUGGGUUAACCUUCAUUUUCCUGUCGUUUGUUGUAAAGAGCCGUUCAUUUCUGUGUGGAAAAUGAACGAUUUCCGGGAAGACGAAAGGCUAACCGGUUUUUGAACAGCCGCUCUUUGCGUAUAUAGUUGGUUUCGAGCACACAGCUAAGAGACAGUCCCCGCGGAGAAUGUGGGGAUCAAAGGAAAAUAUUACUUUAAAUUUUUAUCUUUACUAUUUUUCUUGGCUGAAGAUUUUUGUAUUAUAUAUAUAGGCCUUAA